AGGUUGCGCUCUGGCUCCCACCCUCCCGCCCACCCGUCCCGAACCAUUGCCAACUCCCAUGUCUAAGGUAUUCCACGCAUUUCCGGGCGCUCCCACGUUAGGACAGGUGCUACGAGGGUCCAGUUAGUGCAAGACAGGUCCACAGGGGCCGCGCCGAGGAGCUGAGAUGAUGGUCAACAUGUGGCGGACCGUCCGGGCGCUGCGCCUCCACUGGCUGCUGCUGCUCUCCCUCUCCUCGCUGCUGUGCCUCAACGUGCUCCUCUCCCUGCACCGCCAGCAGCAGCAGCAGCAGCAACAACAACAACAACAACAACAGCAACAAAUAGUGGACUCGGUUAAGACUGGGGGCUUCCGGAGAGCCUUCAGGGGCCGGGUUCCUGCCGCGGCGCCCCAGGUGGAGAAAGAGCUGAGCUCCGGGGUGAAGGAGGAGGAAAACUCCGCCCGGGAGGUGCUGGACGUGGAGGGCAGCGAGGAGGACAGGGAGGACGUGGAUGCAGCCAACGAGGUGAACUCGGUGGAGCCCGAAACCAACGGUGUCACGAAGUCCGGCGCGUGGGACCUGGCGCCGCCGAACUGGCGGAACCUGACGGAAGAGGAGCUCUCCCGCCUGUCCGUGAUGGGGCGGCGGCUGUUCCUGGGGGAGGAGGAAGGCGCCGUGCAGGAGGACAAGACCUUCACGAUCCUCGUCUGGCGGCACGGCCCCAGCCUGGAGAACCGCUUCCUCAAGCAGUACGGCAGCGUCAAAAUGGAGCCGUUCAGGAACUGCUCCGCGCAAAAUUGCCGCCUCACCUACGAGGACGAGGCGGCGGGCACCGCGGACGCUAUCCUGUUCCACCUGCACCGCACGCCCGGGGCGCACACCUUCCCCAACAGGACGCGGGCGGACCAGCGCUGGGUGUGGAUGACGGACGAGAGUCCCCUCCACACCUUCAUGAUGGCCAAGGUGAGGAACAUCGAGGCCUACAACGGCUUCUUCAACUGGUCCAUGAGCUACAGGAUGGACACCGACGUGCCGGUCCCCUACGGCCGCACGGUGGCCCUCACGCGGGAGGAGGUAUUGGACUACCGCCCCGUCGACUACUUCGAGCAGAAGCCCAAGCUGGUGGCCGUUAUGGGCUCCAACUGUGGCGGCGCUAACCGCCGCUGGGGCUACAUACGCGAGCUGAAGAAGCACAUGACGGUGGACGCCUACGGGGGCUGCGGCGACCUCAAGUGUCCCGGCCACUUCAAGAAGGACUGUCCCACCAUCAACCAGUACAAGUUUUACCUUUCCUUUGAGAACAGCAACUGCAAGGAAUACAUCACCGAGAAGGUGUGGUGGAACGCACUGGAGAAGGGCGCCGUGCCGGUGGUGAUGGGCACGAAGGUGGAGGACUACCGCAGAGUCCUUCCCCCGCACUCCUUCAUCCACGUGGACGACUUCCAGAGCCCCGAGAGACUGGCACAGUACCUCAUGCGCCUCGGGAGCAACAAAGAGGAGUACAUGAAGUUCCACGCGUGGCGAGCCAAGUACCGCGUGGCCAACGAGCACGGCUACUUCAACACGCCGGUCUUCCACUACUGCCGGCUGUGCGAGGCCCUCAACUACAACAGUCCCGAGCCAAAGAUUUACAACGACCUCGGCAUCUUCUGGGGCAAGGACAACUACUGCUAUCCUCACACGUGGGAAGACAAGAUGAAGAGCCUAGCCACGACAUCAAGAGAUCCCUAACUUGGUCUCGGGUGCGAAAUGAAGGAACGGGUAAGACAAAGACAGCCUGUAAAGAGUGCCGAGACACCAAAACACUCCUAACUUCGCCUUGCGUGUUAAGUGAAGUGAAGGAACGGGAUAGAGAGCCUAUAAAUGCUGCCAAGACAUCAAAACGAACUUAAUCUCGUCUUGUGUGUUAAAAGAGGAACGGGUCAGACAGCGAAGUGCCAUGUACCAGUGAUGUGAAGUCAGGAUCGAAUGUUACAUGACUGAAGAAGGGAGAUGAGAUGCAGGAAAACAGGAAGUGAAGAAACAAUGAAGAAGUUGGGAAGAUUGACCUCCAAACAUCCUUAACAUUGUCUUGGGGUGCUGCGUGGAGUGAGGGAAUGUGUUAAGACAACCUAUUGCCAAGUAUAUCGGAAGCUGCCGCGGUGAAGUGAAAUCAGGAUUGAAAGGUUAAGGUGAUUGAAGGAUGGAGAUGCGACGAAGGAAAGCCGGAACCGAAGGAGUGGCGAAGGAGCUGGAAAGACUGGAUGAAAAGGGAUCUGGAUAUAUGGAGGACUGAUGGGAAGGUGCUCGAAUGAAUGAACUGGAGUCACUCACGGCUUAUAUGAAAGUUGUGAUAAUGGUGAAGGUUUGAAAAAGAGGUUAUCAUUGUUGCAACUGCUCCGUCUGUUGAGUUUCCGGAGGGCGAGAGAAUGAAAUGGAGAGCUACGAGACAGUCUUUCACGGCUUAUAUGAAUGUUGUGAUAAUGGUGAAGGUUUGAAAAAGAGGUUAUCAUUGUUGCAACUGCUCCGUCUGUUGAGUUUCCGGAGGGCGAGAGAAUGAAAUGGAGAGCUACGAGACAGUCUUUCACGGCUUAUAUGAAUGUUGUGAUAAUGGUGAAGGUUUGAAAAAGAGGUUAUCAUUGUUGCAACUGCUCCGUCUGUUGAGUUUCCGGAGGGCGAGAGAAUGAAAUGGAGAGCUACGAGACAGUCUUUCACGGCUUAUAUGAAUGUUGUGAUACUAGUAAGUUUUGAAAAGGAUGGUCUUAUUGUUUUGUAUUUCGUUCUUGUCUCACACACGUUAGGCAAUAGCAUACCCGAUCUAGUCAGAAUAUCACCGCAAUAGGACACACAACGAAGACAUUUAAGCAUCGGAAGACAUCCCAAGAUAUCCUCCCUUUCCUAGUCACACAGUCAGAGGGGGGAUGAGUAGGAGGAAUAUGCCCAGAAUCGUCCAGAGUGGAGUUUCAGAGAGAGUGUGAGCCUCCUUCACUAGUACUCCUCCUCCCUCCUCACAUAUCCUUAGAGAACAGACGUGGGGAAGGGAAUGUAUAGAGAUGGGUUCAGUGUCUAAGUGUUGGUGGUAACGUGGGAUGAGUCGGGAAGGAAAACCAGUGAACCUUUAGCAUGUGAAUGAGGAAAGUGAGGAUGAAUGACCCGUACCGAACUCGUAGUGAACUCGUAACGUGUGCCUCUUCGUGUGUAAAUACGGUCAGGUCAGGUCAAUCCAGGUGUGCAUUUCAGUGGCAUCCAAACACCCACGAAACAUACCGGGAUGGCGUUGUCUGUCCCCAUUUCGCAAUAACGUUGUGUGUAGCACUACGAAAAAGUCACUUUGCACUAAACUGACAACUGGGUUUUAGUGUACGGCGACUUUUUAAAAACUUUUUCUAAUCUUGUUGUCAUGAUAUCUCCUUUUUCACGUUUCACUUUAUAAAUCCCAGACUCUAUAACACGUCUAAGGGCUGCACUGAUCCCUUUUUGUCCUCACUCUUGUGGCAUUCGAUUCUCUUCUCGAUAUGGCUUGAAAAAUGACGGUGAAGUUGGAGUGUUCAAAUGUUAAAUGCGAGGAGACCAACAUGAAUUUUAGAUAUCAAAGUUUGAGGCCCCGUUCACACUGUGCCGAGUCUGGGCCACGACAACCCAGCGACCCAGGGCACACGAGGUCUUGGGUGUGGAAUGUUGAUGUGAAAGGGUCGCACACGGUCGGAGAGAGGUCUAGAAACGAUCGCCGGAUGCUGAGUCGGCACAGCGUGAAGGGGGUCUAAAGAAACUAUUACAAUGAACAAAUUUCCGUGGAUCUUCAGUCAAACCACGAUUUUCGCUAGUGUGGUUUUCAUUUGUUUCUUAUUAUUGCUGCUGAUGAUGAUGGUGAGUAAAACUGUAGCUUUGGAAGAUCGUGGACACGUCAGGAAACCACGGAAAUCUGAGAACCACGGCAGCAGAAAUCGUGGUUUGACUGAAGAUCCACGGAAAAUUCGCCCAGUGUAAUAGCCCCUUAAAAGUCCCUGAGUUGUCGUGGCCCAGCGUCGGCAGUGUGAAGAUACUUUUUUGACCGCGUGUGCAUGACCUUCAAACCCCUUCUUACAUAUCUCUUCUUACUCUGUCUUCCAACUUUCCUUAUCUCAUCGUAGCGCCACGAGGCCGGUAUAGAGUUUUAAUGUAUAGAGUCCAUAGAUAUCUUCGGCUCCUUUUUUUACUACUUAAGAGCAUAAUACAAGCAAGCAAAGGGUACGCAUUCUAUAGAGACUUAGAGAGAAUGUUACCUGCCUUUGUUGCUUUCAAGAUUAAAAACAAGUCCUACUUUUUUUCUCCGUAAAGGUUGGCAGCAGAGAAGAUAUUUGUACAUACUAAAAAGAGAGAAUUUACUGUUGCGGCUUUGUGAAUGUUUGAGGUGAGGGACUGGGAGUGCGUUAGAAGUUUGAGAGUAACAUAAUUGCCUCCUUGUGAUAGUGUGGUUACCUGUGAAUCAAGGAAGCAGGUGACAGAUUACAGGUGGGAUGUUGCUGAUGAGAUUGUACCUUGUUUUGUUUUUUGUUUUUUUAGGAGAGAGUGAGAAGGUUGAGAGUAACAUAAUUGGCUCCUUGUGAUAGUGUGGUUACCUGUGAAUCAAGGAAGCAGGUGACAGGUGACAGGUGGGAUGCUGCUGAUGAGAUGAAACUGUACCUUAUUUUUUUUUUUUUUUAUUUUUUUUUUUUUUUUAGAGGUGAUUGGUUUUGGAGUGAGUGUGAUUUUGGUUUUAAGUCGUCAGUAUUUUGUUUUAGUUAAUGUUUUAUUGAUGAUCCGAGAAUAGAGUUAAUUUACUGUAUACAUUUAUUUUAAUUCUAGUCAUUGUAUGUACGUCACCCUAACACACACACACACACACACACACACACACACACACACACACACACUCAAAGAUAACCUGAGCAUACUAAUCAUUCUGAAUAGGCAAACUGGUCUCCAUGUGCGUGUGUGUGUGUGUGUGUGUGUGUGUGUGUGUGUGUGUGUGUGUGUGUGUGUGUAAGCAGAUGAUAAAAGAAAUCUAUCAGAA